AAGCUGCUCUGAGCUGAAUGGGUGUACUUUAAUCACACAUACCACAGAACUCUCCCAUUCACUUUGGAUACAGAGGAUAUUCCAAGAGGACCUUGUCUUCUUUUCUUUAAAUCUGGUCCGAAAGUUGUUGUUUUUUUUUCCCCCCCCAGAUCCAACUUUUUCAGAACUUCCACAGUUCCUGGAGGUUGAUUCCUGAAGUUGGUUGAAAACUUUCGGUGCAGCUGCUUUAAGACUGCUGCAGUGGAUUCACACUGAGGAGGAGAAUAACGGUCAUCAAGCUCUCAAGAUGCCACGUUCGUUUUUGGUGAAGAAGUAUUUUACAAGCAAGAAGCCGAACUACAGUGAGCUGGAGAGCCAAAAUGGUCCAAUCUCUGCCAUGGUACCAGAGCGCUACCCGCUUGCAGAACUACCGACCAAAGAAGACGGCUCCCUGUUGACCACAUACACUUCGGCUCUUGUAUGGACCACCAGCGCCCUUCCGCUUUCCUUCCCUCCUUCAUCCCCUACCACACCAUCCUCCAUCGCACCACUGGACCUCAGUUCUCCGUCCAGCUCGGGUGAGGAAGAUGAAGGCAGAACUUCCGACCCCCCGAGUCCGGAUCCUUCGGACCGUUUCCAGUGCGCUCACUGCGGGAUUUCCUGCAGCAGCCGUGCCGCGCUUUCGCGCCACCAGCUCUCUCAUUGCAGCGCAAGCACCAAUGCCAACCUGGUUGAGAAUUCCAACAUGGCCGACAGCACGACAACAAGGGCUGCCUUCCGGUGCAAACACUGCCCCAAAGAGUACAACAGCCUGGGAGCUUUGAAGAUGCACAUCCGCUCACACACGCUUCCUUGCGUCUGCACCACCUGCGGAAAGGCGUUUUCCAGACCAUGGUUACUCAGGGGCCACAUUCGUACACACACCGGCGAGCGUCCAUUCUCCUGCCCUCAUUGUAACCGGGCUUUUGCUGACCGCUCCAAUCUGAGAGCUCAUCUUCAGACCCAUUCAGAGGUGAAAAAGUACCAGUGUGGCACCUGCUCUCGAACCUUCAGCCGCAUGUCACUCCUGCACAAACACACCGUCUCCAGCUGCUGCCCGACAGCCUAGACGCUCACACACAACCACCCACUCACUCACAAUGGUGGUGGGGGUGUUAGCAAUGGUUAACCACCGUCCUGUUGACUGUCGAGUCUGGUCCUGACCUGGUGGACGAACUCAGGUUAAGGGCGAAAAUUUAUCUGCUGGAAAGAACCCCAGAAAUGUUUCUGAAGUGCCUUAUAUUGUGUUUCUUUUUCUUCGCUGGGUUUCAUACCAGACAAAGACAGAUUUAGGCAACAUCGCACAAAUGCUGCGAAAUGUUUUCCUAACCCAGUUCGAUCAAGGUUAACGGGGGGGGGGGGGGGGGGGGGGGGGUUGUAUUCUGCAGUUGGGCCAUGUGCCUCAUUCUCAAGAUGCCCAUCGGUGCCGGCUGGUCCGGCCUUUUCCUUUUGCGUGCAGCUGCUGAAGAGGGGGAAGUGUGUGUGUGUGUGUGUGUGUGUGUGUGUGUGUGUGUGUGUGUGUGUGUGGUGUAAAGGGGGGGGGUAUCUCUCACCAUGCUCCACACACACUUUACAGCGAUGUAUUGGGACAGCUGUGUGAGCGGAGGCGGCGUGUCGACAGACAUUUCAGUCCUGUAGAUCUUUCCACACUUCUCUGAAAAAACGAGCAAUAAAUGCUGUCCUAUUGUACCAACACUCCUCCCUAAUGCAUUUUAUUUCCAAACAUUUGUAUCACGUCUCUGAAUGUGUAUUCUUUUUGUUUUCUUUUCUUUUUUUUUUUUUACUCGAAUAAAAUGUAAAGUGUGCACUAAAGUGUUGCAAAGCACAACGAUUGUUGGAGAAAGUGACGCUAUAGAAGAUGGACGGUUCUUUAAACAAUUUUUUUGUUGUUGUUCUUGGUGCCAUCAUUUAAAAUAAAAUGAAAUAAAUGUUUUUU